GGGGCUUUCGCGCUGAGCGUGGCAUCGUCAGUGGGCGCGGCUCGAAACCGGUAGCGAGUGUGGAGCGGAGCGGCGGCGGGGCGGGAUGGCGGGCGGCGGCGCGGCGGGGCGGUACUCGCGGCAGCUGUUCGUGCUGGGCGGCGGCGCCCGGCGGCUGCCCGGGGCGGCGGUGCUGGUGUCGGGGCUGCGCGGCACCGGUGCUCAAGCGGCGACUGCGCUCGUGCUGGCGGGGACCGGGCGCGUCGUCCUGCACGAUCGCGGCGCUGCCUGCACCGCCGACCUCGCCCAGCAGUUCCUCCUGGGGGAGAGCGACGUGGGCCAGAACCGUGCCGAGGCUUCCCGGCGGGUGCUGGCCGAGCUGAACCCCUGCGUGGCGGUGGGAGCUCACACCGGAGAGCUGUCAGAGGCUUUCCUCGCCUCCUUCCAGGUGGUGUUGCUGACUGAGUCCCCACUGGAGGAGCAGCUCCGCAUCGGAGACUUCUGCCAUGCCUGUGGCAUCUGCUUCAUCGUGGCAAACACCAAGGGGCUGGCAGGGCAGCUGUUCUGUGACUUCGGGGAGCGCUUUGUCGUUGAUGACCCAGCAGAGGGGGACCCAGUGUGCGGCGCCGUGCAGCACAUCUCCCAGGGCAACCCGGGCGUGGUGACGUGCAUGGGGGCAGAGGGCAGCCGCGGUCACCCCUUCUGUGAUGGUGACCUGGUGACGUUCUCUGGCGUGGAGGGAAUGACAGAGCUGAACGGCCGGGAGCCCAUCCCUGUGCGAGUGCUGGAUGCCUUCAGGUUGGAGAUUGGUGAUACUAGCUCCUUCUCGCCGUAUCGCAGCGGGGGGCAGAUCUCACAGGUCCGGCUGCCCCAGGUGCACUCCUACGAGCCCCUGCGCCAAGCGCUGGCAGAGCCCAAGAUCUGGGUGGCGAGUACCAAAGAGGUGCCACGCAGCCGCAGCCUGCACGCUGCUUUCCAAGCCCUGCACGCUUUCCACAAGGAGCAGGGCCGCCUGCCCCGGCCCAGGGCACCGGCGGACACCGAGCGGGUGCUGGAGCUGGCACGGAGCCUGGGGACGCAGCAGGGUCCCCUGGACGAGGACAUCGUGCGAGCCUUUGCCAGCGUGAGCGCAGGGGACUUGUGCCCCAUGGCCUCCAUCAUUGGGGCCCUGGCGGCCCAGGAGGUGCUGAAGGCCAUCACCAGGAAGUUCGUGCCCCUGGACCAGUGGUUGUACUUGGACGCCCUGGAGUGCUUGGUGCUGGAGGGGGCCGCGCGGCUGACGGAGGAGGACUGUGCCCCGGUGAGAGCGUGUGCUGAGCCCCUCGUGGGGGCUGGGGGUGCCACAGUGGCACACACUCACGCGGCUCCUCCGUCCUGGCAGAGGGGAUCUCGCUACGACGGCCAGAUCGCCGUCUUCGGGACCGCCUUCCAGGAGCUGCUGAGCCGCCAGAAGUACUUGGUGGUGGGAGCUGGCGCCAUCGGCUGUGAGCUGCUGAAAAACUUUGCCAUGAUAGGGUUGGCAGCGGGGCCGGAUGGGGACCUCACUAUCACCGACAUGGACACCAUCGCCCCCUCCAACCUGCCCCGGCAGCUCCUCUACCGCUCAGCGGAUAUAUCGAAGCCAAAGUCGGUGGUGGCCGCGGCGGCUGUGCGGCGCAUGAACCCUGAUGUCAGGGUGACGGCUCACCAGAACCAGGUGGGACCUGCCACCGAGCAGCUCUAUGGGGAUGACUUCUUCCGGCACCUGGACGGCGUCGCCAGCGCCUUGGACACACUGGAGGCCCGCAGCUACUUGGAGAGCCGCUGCCUCCGCUGCCUCACGCCGCUGCUGGACUCGGGCACAGAGGGGCCGCGGGGGAACGUGCUGGCCAUGGUGCCCACCGUGACCAAGCCGCUGGAACCAGCUGGCGACCCCGCAGAUGACACUGUCCCGCUCUGUACCCUGCGGUUCUUCCCCCGCACCAUCCAGCACACGCUGCAGUGGGCCCGCGAUGAGUUUGAGGGGCUCUUCCAGCUGCCCGCAGAGCACGUCAACCGGUUUAUGGAAGAUCCAGCUUUCUCAGAGCAGUUGCCAGCAAGGAAUGCCGUGGAGGUCCUGGAGCGAGUGCGAGGCAGCCUGCAGGAGCGGCCACGGGACUGGCAGGACUGCGUGUGCUGGGCCCACCGGCACUGGCAGAGCCGCUACCACAAUGCCAUCGUGCAGCUCCUGCACACCUUCCCCCUGGAGCACGAAUCCAGCCCAGGUGUCCCGUUCUGGGCAGGGGACAGGAGCUGCCCCCACCCGCUGACGUUCAACCCUGACAACGACACCCAUCUGGACUACAUCCUGGCUGCCGCCCACCUCUUUGCCCAAACACACAAGGUGCCACCAUGCAGUGACAGGGAGACUGCCCUGUCCAUCCUCUCCAGUGUGGUCCUGCCACCCUUCGCGCCCCAGGAUGGGCUCCAGAUCCCCCUCGCAGAGGAGCAGGAGGAGGCGCAGGCGCCAGUGGACCACAGGCGGCUGGCGGAGCUCAUCCAGGACCUGGCGCAGAGGAGACAGGAGCUGGUAGGGGCUGAGGAGGUUCAGGUGCCCCUGAUGGAGCCCAUCCACUUUGAGAAGGACAAUGACAUCCACAUGAACUUCAUCACAGCUGCAUCCAACUUGCGUGCAGAGAACUACAGUAUCCCCCCUGCUGACUGGCUGACGAGCAAGCGGAUCGCCGGGCGGAUCGUGCCUGCCAUCAUCACCACCACAGCAGCUGUGGCCGGGCUGGCGUGCCUGGAGGUCUACAAGCUGGUGUGGGGGUGCCGAGACCCCAGCUGCUACCGCAACAGCCACCUCAACCUGUCUGACUGCCGGCUGUUCCGUGUCCAGCCCCCGCUGCCCCACACCUACCGGCCCGAUCCCUUUUCCCGCCCUGCUGUGCCCCAGCUGUGGGGCUGGGCAGCCAGGGUGUGGGGCGCCAGUGCUGGCCGUUACACCCUGCUGCCCCCUUGGCAGUACGGCGGGCGGGAGUGGAGCUGCUGGGACCGGCUGGAGAUGCGGGCGGUUGGCGCAGAUGGACAGGAGAUGAUGGUGCAGGAGGUGCUGGACUGGCUGCAGAAGACACACGGCUGGACUGUGACCAUGCUCCUGCGCGGACACACCGUGCUCUAUGACAGUGAAGCAGACGAGGAGGAACAGGCCCGGCAACGGGUGCAGAGGAUAUCUGAGAACCUGGAGGAUGCUGGGGAGCUGCGACAGCGGGAGCUGCAGCUGUUCUAUGUGUGCGAGGGAGAGGAUGCUGAGGCUGGCGAUGCCCGUCCCCCUCUGCUCUGCUCCCUACCCUGAGCUGGGGGGCAGCACGCCCUGCCCUUGUGCACUAAAAGCUGCAGGAUGAGCUCUGGUGCACUGGCCCUCAGUGCAAAAAAAAAUCUCUGCAUGCCCCUGCCCGGAGUCGGGGUGCAGGCAUCCCUCCCGAUAAACGUUGCUGCGCC